CAAGUGCGUAGUGCGCAUGAGCAGGAACUGGAAGAAAAACGACUGGGGGUGAGUUGUAAGGUCUUAAGUGGAUACGCUGCCUAGCAUAUCGGGUUCAACAUAUUAAUAAUCAGUUUAUUAAACCCUUUUGAUAGUGUAUAACACUAAAUUACAAGGGAGGUCAAGAAUACGCAGAACACAUAAUUACACAUGGCACAGAAGGCAAAAACAAUUAAAUCCUAUUGUAGCUGUGGGUAACAAAUUUACUAAGGCGGUCCGUUCUGACAAAGCGGAAUUCAGAACGAGAAAAACCCGACCUCAACCCGUACCCAUGAGCGACAUUCGUGGGCUGCGGCAGCAGGUGUGAAAGAAACCCGGACUCCUUGAUGUUAGAUAUAAAACGCCUGCAAGCCUCAUCACGGCGCGACAACAGUGUAGGCAAGCCACAGCGCACGAGUGCCUACUCAUAAGAGCAAUCUGGAAAAAUUAUUCUUAGUGCAGACUUCUGCACGCUUUCCACCAACUGAACCAGACAGUUGGGUAUUGAGGGAGUUUUAGAACUGUACUUAAAAUGCUAUUACAUUUUUAAAACACCUUCACUUCCAUAGGAAGAAAUAGGUACCACCUUUCAUACUUGGAGGAAUGAGUUUCUUACCUGUUUAACUGACAGACGUGCCACCAUCACUAGUUCCGAUGAAUUAGGAUCUUACUUUUUUACGAUUUUGACAAUCGUAGCCUUCCAGGUUAAUAUAUUUGGCUUCGUUUUCGUCGUGUUCAUUGUUGUCCACUUGCAUAAGCGUUAUGAUAGAAGGGCGCGCAUCUUCUUGCAAAUCCACGUGUUUGGCUUUACAAAACUCCAUGCUUAACUUGUUUUUGUUUUGGUUGGAAAUAGAAAGCAACAUCUGUCCUUUCUUAUUUUUGUUCGUUUAUUUCCUUGCUUACUUUCAGAUAUCCAAGUUGGAAAAAGCAUUACAACAGACUUUAACUGACUUACAUACGAAAAACGAAGAGAUUGUUCAUCUAGAAGGCAUCGUGGCGGACCAACAAAAUGCCCUUAAAAAAGAACAAGAAAGGAUGCGUGAUUUGGAGGAAACGCGCACUCACCUUCAGCAACAAGUUGCCCUUCUAGAAGAAGAAAUCAACCGUGAACGAAACACAUCACAAGUAGAGUCCAGUGAUCUGCAGCAAAGACUNCCAUGCUUAACUUGUUUUUGUUUUGGUUGGAAAUAGAAAGCAACAUCUGUCCUUUCUUAUUUUUGUUCGUUUAUUUCCUUGCUUACUUUCAGAUAUCCAAGUUGGAAAAAGCAUUACAACAGACUUUAACUGACUUACAUACGAAAAACGAAGAGAUUGUUCAUCUAGAAGGCAUCGUGGCGGACCAACAAAAUGCCCUUAAAAAAGAACAAGAAAGGAUGCGUGAUUUGGAGGAAACGCGCACUCACCUUCAGCAACAAGUUGCCCUUCUAGAAGAAGAAAUCAACCGUGAACGAAACACAUCACAAGUAGAGUCCAGUGAUCUGCAGCAAAGACUGCAGGACGCCAAAGACGAUAUUGACGAAAGAACGCGGCAAAUUAACGAACUUAACUCAACCCUCAGAGAGGUCCACAAGGACAUGAAACAAAGUUCAGCGAGCAUUGUUGAAUUAGAGCAGCUUCUACAACAGUCUCGGUCCCAGUGCGACAAGAAAACUGCGCAAGCGCAGACUCUUGACCAGGCCCUCAAGGAAACGCAGCAACAGUUGUCUGCGAUGACAAAGAAAAACGGGGAACUGGAGGAGAGGUUACGACAGAUGGAGAACGAAUUUGCAGAAACAACGGAACAGAAUGAGCAGCUCGAUACCGAGGUAUUGAUGUUGCCGCUUCUUUUUGAAAAUUUUCACAAUUUAGUGCCGUGGGUAGAGUCCCCCAAGUCCUCCAGUGGGAGCUGGGAGCAUUGCUUGGAUCCGGCCCGAGCGGCUCCGAAGUAGAUAUUUCGCGAAGUUUUCCAAAAGGAAUGGCGGUAGCCUGAGUAUCAGGCCUUCCUAAGGGGCUAGGGGAGAGGAGAUGUCGCUUCCAUCUUUCCCCUUUUCCCCCAGAAACGCCUGAUACUCAGGCUAGAAUGGCAUGAAUCAUUUGAUUUUCCAACCGGAAUUUCCGGUUUUCCCAAGUAAAUGGUAUUUACCCCUUUUUACCCCAGAUGUCCCAGGUUUCAAUUGCACCGUUCUCACUCGCCUUUAUUUACUUCUCGGUAGUCCUGAGUGCGGAUUAUCAACCAAACAUGUACUAGAAAUAACCAACUGGUUUUCUUGCUUAAGUGCGUCACAGAGGAUCGAGGGGAUCCCCCACCCCCACUCCUUCUCCUUUCAUAGUUGUCAUUGUAAGUUUAGAAUACAAAGGAAUUCUUGCAACUUUGAUAACGGAAGAAGGACAGGAAUCGUCCGAAGUCUCCCAGACACCGUUUUAGGCGUAAAAACUUACAUUGUCUCAAACAUUUUAGCAACUAGUUGUAGUGGUAAUUUUAAACUUGUUUUUCCUUAACGAUGACUCGUCACUACCUUGAUCUGGAUAGUUCUUCUGAUUGGCUUAAAAUUUGCUUUAACCAAUCGGAAGCCCUACCCACGUCUGGGUAGUGACACGUCAUCAGUAUGGAAUUUCUUGCGUUCUUUUCUUAGGCGUCUAUUUGCGGGAAAACUUUUGAUAGCGUCGCGAAAUGUCGGCUUUUUUCUCGGGCUAUCUGAAAUCUAAUAUUGUCGUUUAGGUGAAUAAAAUCCAGACGGAAUUACAAGAUACCAUCACGCAGCUAAAAUCUCUCCAAGAUGUACUACAGACGAGCCAGAAAGAGGUACAGGAGAAAGAAAAGAAAGUCGAGGAACUCGAUAAAAUGUUGAACGAAAGUAUGGAGGAACUGCAGCAGAAGGAUAAAAACUUAAAGGAGAAGGAAAGCAAAGUUGUUGAGCUUGACAAAGCUCUUAAAGAAAGACAGUGGGAAUUAAAACAAAAGGCUGCACAGGUAAGGAGGAACUGGGACAAGCCGAGGUAUAACUAACGUAAUUAAGGAUGACCAGUUUGCGCCACUCGUGUUAGGGUUAACAUCACGGCUUAACCGACAGAAUCGUUUGACUCUUCAGCUGACUAUGGGUAGUAACGUGUAGUGGUUAUGAAGCCCUAAAGACUUUUUAAUAUGAUUUAAGUUAUCUUUUGUGGCCAUGUACAAGUUUCAGUAGCAUUCUAACCAUGUGGGACAAAAAAACCAACAGACCUGUUUCCGUGAAGUUAUUCCAUGACAUGUAUGAACUAAAAAACAAAGAAAUAUGCAUGGCCUAGCGGAGAUCUGCUAAUACAAACUGCAGCACUUUUUUUCGCCGUUGAUUUUUUGUUUGCUUUUAUAGCAAAUCUUCUCUACUAACUAUGAGCCGAUGAUACAAAACUUACCUUGACGCUGAUUAUGACUUGCGCACACGCUGUUGAAACGUCAGUCAUUGUGUGACCAGCAUUCCUAGUCUGUACUUGACUGACCUGGACGAUCACAUUCAACCUACUUGGGACUUGACUGUUUGAUUCAAACCCUCUAUAAAGGCAGUGUUAUGACCCUGAAUAUUCUCGUUUUCGAUAUUAGUUUUGUUUAUAUACCGGUUGUAUUAGGUUAGUGAAAAAGUGUAGUUAUAUAGUAGAAAUUCAAAUUGACGAAUUCAAAUGCUUUAAAUUUAAUCGCGUUUGUUCUCUUUGCCUUGAAUAAUUUUGCAUUUGUGAUUUGACGUGAGUACAUGUAAAUGACGAAAUCCUGCAAUCACUUCAGUCAGAGAAUUGAUGCCGUCUAAGUUUUCUUUUCCAAAGACCAUAUUUCCGUACUUAAAAUUGAGGGAUAGGACUAAUACUGAAUCCUGGAGUUGAAAAAUCAUUGUCUUUUAACCACUGGGGACCCACAAAAACUGAGUGACGGUUGUGGUGUUGAAUUUAAAGGAAAUGUAUGGGAAUGUAAUAAGGAUUUUUAUUAAAUUCUUGUUUGACGUUUCGUAUCUUUUUUGCCAGGUUACCCAGCUGGACAUGACCAUGAAGGAACAUAAGAGUGAAUUGCAGCAAAAGGUCAUCACAUUAGAGCGUGCGCUUAACCAGGCUCGCUAUGAACUCAGCGAGAGAGCGGGGGAGGUGAGAAAUUCUAGAGCCUUUUUCUCUGUGUUUGUUGUUGUUGUUGUUUGUGUGUGAUUUGCUUGCAGAAGUCAGACUAUGAGGAAAAGAUAUUUUACGGAAAGGAACAGGAAGGCGUUCAGCAACAAACAAAACACUUGUUGCCAAGUGUAAAGGAAUUCAACCGUCUUAGAUUCUGGAUUUCACGCCGUGGAUUCCAGAUUCCAGAUGCUGAGCCUGGUUCCUGAAAGGCUGAUUAGCGCUAAUCCAGGAUUAAAAUUUCGUUCCACUUUUUAUAUUUACUUGCCUUAACAUGGCUUGCCGGAGGAACAUUUUAUGUUAUAAUUACUGUAUCUCAGAGUUAAGGCUCAACAGUAUUUUGUAAGUUUGAUGAGUUGUAUGUUCUUAGACAGGAAAACCGGGCUUAAAAUGUGGCUAAAUCUUGGGUUAAACUUAACCAUCUUUCGAGGAACCGGGCCCGGAUUCUGGAUUCUUGACAGUAGAACUUGGAAUCCAGAUUCGAUUACAUGGGACGACACUCAGACGGGUGAUGAGGCCUUGGUAUCGGCCCAUCAGUUUCUGCCGCUCUCUUGAGGUCUGUCUUUGUUCCUCCCAGAGAAGAAACUUUUCUACUUAUCACUCUAAUUCUUUCAGCAAAGCUACUUUCUUAGACGUUGGUUAUUUUUUUUUUCUUAAGAUCUCUGAAAUAAAAGCCAAGCGAGAUCAGAAUCAAGAGCAGGAGAAGCAAAAGAAAUCCAGAAUUGAGCAUUUGGAGAAAACGGUGAAGCACCAACAACAAGAACUGAAGAAGAGAACUUCGCAAGUGUCCGAGCUAGAAAGAGUAAGCAAGCCAUUGAAAACGAGUUGUUUAUUGUUGUUGUUUUGUUUCCUAUUUUAAUCAUCCUUGUAAAGUAGGUGUCGCAAACACAGUGAAUGACAACAGAAACUCAUAAGGGUUUGAACCGUGUAACUCGCGUUCAAUGCUUGUGAAUAUUCAUUUUUUUUUAAGUACUGUAUUUGGAAACUCUCGCUGUGGCCUCAAAAAAGCCAUAAGUUUAAAACAACUUUGCACGUGCAAUACGCCUCGUACAUUUCUUUGUCGUCAUUGCACGACUACGACAUGAAAGUGCCCUUUUGUGGAUAGUGAAAACACAAUACAGCGACUUUCUUUUUCUUUUCCUGAGCUACGAUACAGUCUUUAGACGAACUGAACGUGAUGGAAAAAGCGAGAACGUGGAGUAAAAUUUAACGUCACGUCAUUUACGAAGUUUGAUUGGUCAGUUAUCUCUCGUUUUACAAUGAAAACGAAAUUCACGAGCAUCGGCAAAGCAAACAUAUGAGAUUUACACGUUUCAGCCCCUUAUGAGUUUUUUAUGACAAGUUCUAACUGUUUUUGUUAAUUCACAAAGUUAGUGCCUUUCUUGUUUACUCCGUCACCAUUCUUUUUCUUAUGUUUAAAAUUGAUAGACAGCUUACAACUCUAAAUGUCUGACUGAGGAACAAAACUGAACCAUUACUGCAUGUUUGCCCCGUGAGGAGGGAAGACGAGGGGACCAAGUCCGCUUGCGCUUCUUGCCAUCUCUUCGCCCUAUUCCCGCUCAUUUAGUCUCCUACACGGCCGUUUUCAGUGUCGUCAGGAGCGUUGCGUGACGACACUAAAAACGUCUGUCUAGCAGACUGCCGCUCACUAGACUAGAGAAAAUUAUCAACAAGCAAAAUAAAUUUAACAUGCUGUUCCCUUUCGUCCUGGUUGUCAGGAGAUCAACAAGUUGCUGAGGAGGCGUGAAGAGUCUGAGGAGACCAGUCAGGAGUUACGUUUGGCGCGUGAACAGCUUCAAAAUACGGUAAACUUUUAUGCAUCCUCAGAUAGGUAUUCGCCGCACAUUUAGUCAGUUAGUUUCGAACUUUACGUUUUACAUCUCGUUAAGAAUUAGAAAGUUGACAUGCUCGAAGGCGUUCCUCUGCCAUUUUUUGCUCAUUUGCCUCUUGUUUAACCUUGGUUUUAAUAACUUGUAUACCCAGCACGCGGAGCUAAUGGAAGCCCGCCGUGAUCUCUUGAAAUGUCAAAGAACUGAACAAGAACUAAUCCGGGAACUUGACGAUGCACAUGCGCUAUUAUCCACAAAGGAAGCAGACUGCACGAGGCUUGCAAAGGAGCUUGGGGCUGCGCAAGUACGAGAGGCUCAAGCUGAGGCGAAAUGCGUGCAUGAAGUAAGAAAGGCUCAGCAACAACAUGAGCUCAAACAGGCCACCCAGGAACAUGAGGUAAGCGAGCUUCGACUAUUGCCGUCUCGCCGACACAGUAGCGUCGGCUACUAACAGAAUUAUAUAUAUAUAUAAUAUAUUUAUUUUUGUGUUUUUUUGUUGUUGUUGUUGUUGUUGUUUUGAAGUGGAAUAAUAAACCCGUCGUAUUCGUUAUGUUAAGCUUCUCAUCUCAUUCGUUUGAUAAAAACUAUUUAACUACUGUAACAAGAAAUGUUAUGAAAUAUUUGCAAAUGUCUGUGUGGUGAAUAAAGGUUCCAUCUUCAUGGAUAUUAAUCUGAAAGUACCUAUAUUCGAAGCUACGGCAAACUCUCAUUCGUUGUCAGUCUCAGAGACGCGGAUAUCACUUUAAAUGAGGUCGUUGUUCAUUUUUCUCAGGUCCAACGGUUACAAGAAGAUCACGUUAAAGUUUUGGCACAAAAAGACGAAAGCGAUGCAAAUCAUCGCUUGGAGAUCACGCGGCUACAAGAGCAGGAAAGACGCUUAGGACAAGACUUUGCGCGUGCGCAGGAGCAAAAUAAGACCUUGAUAGAGGACAACAGAAGCUUGGCCUCUGAACUAGUCAUGUACCAAGAGGACGCCAAAGCGAUGAGUGAGACGCUUGUGAUCAAAGACGCAGAGGUAUCGCCAUUAGUACGUAGAGUGCUCAACUCGCAUACCUUGCCCUUUCACAGAUCAGUUUAUUUACGAUACAUUUUAUAAAACUUUUUUCUCAGCGUAAAGGGAAGCUCCGUGCAUGUGUACAUCCACAGUAGAUAUGAACAGGGAAAAAAGACAAAAAGCUAAAUGUUAUUACCUAAUUAGUACCAUUUACUGGGCUGUAUACUAUUGUUGUUUGUCAUAUUCCUGCGCGAUGGUCUACAAUGUAGGGCAAGGGCAUUCCCACCAAAAGAGCGGUCAGUGGAAGCGUGAUAAUUCGAAUACUAGGCAGAUUUAACAAAGACACUGCAACAUCAAAUGAGAACACGAAAGCGCGCGGGAAAGACUGAACGCGACUUCCGGUGUCCAAUUUAUCGUUCUGCUAUUGGCCAUGUUUUGGUUCUUCUCGCGACUUCGUCACGUUGUCAUCACGUCUGCCUACUACGUAGGCAUGGCAGUUGUACGCCCCAGGGGCUCCUGUUCUGGGAGAGGCAGUGUAAUGGGCGUUUUGUUCAACUUAUGUCCAUAUGGCCAUUUAUUACUUUAGAUUGCUCGUCUGGAGGCUAAGGUGUCUGGCUACGAAAGAGCAACAUUUGGUACAGCAAGCCGUGUUACUACUCCGAGGGGGGCACGUCCAGCAACACAUAUCCGACGGGUAACCUCACCGAGAACUGUCACCAAAACGUCUGCCAGCGGCAUGAAGAAAAGCAGUUCAGAUCAGAACCUUCAUAAUUUGACUAGUAAUGGCCCGCUUGUUUCCUUCAGUCAUGCUAGUACUCAUGACAUGACUGAGAGCCACUCGUAUCCUCCAAUGCCCUCUAUACUUGUAAGCCAGGAUCAUGAACACUCAGUACACAGUCACAGUUCAUAUGCGUGCCCUCAAGACCGAACUAGAAGCGUUCAGACCAGCCUAGAAACUCUGGAGGGACUCUUGAAGCAGGCCAACAUGGAGAUGGCGCGGGAUAGUUUACCCAUGCUUCUAAACUCCUCUACAUCGCAAGCUGGUGAUGUCACACUUUCUGCCGCUGACCUCAACAGCACGCAGCCGUCACCACCCCAAAAGGAAGAGCGCGAGAAGGUGCCAGAAAUCAUGAAUGGUGGCGUUGCGGAAAAGGACGAGUCGGUCAGUGGUUUAUAUGAGAACCUUCAUGAACGACUUGAGAAGAAGAAAGCUUCUCUAGGAAUGUCACGGGAGAAAGUGGUAGAUGCUGAUUCGUUAGAUCCUGACAAAUGGUAA